AUGUCUUCAGAUGAUGAAAAUGCGCCCUUAUUCAACAGAACCAGCCGAGGUGUCAGUCAUUGGAACAGACUAAAGAAGAGCACCAUGCUUAUACGAGCUGCCAUCGUAUUCUCCAUUUUAGCAGCACUAGCGACUGGCACAUGCUUGCUGCAAAGAUAUCUUAGUCAGGGCGAUAAGCUCGACUUGUCUCCUCUGGAUGGUUUCUGCUCUCAUGUCGAUUCUAUUCAACCCAACGAAUACAUUGGUCGUCAUCAAAAGCUGGCUCAAGUACUGAAAGACGAAAAGGCCGAUGCGUUGAUCAUGGAGGGCGGUGCUUCCAUGAUUUACUACACCAACAUUGAGUGGGGAUUGACAGAGCGUGCAUUCAUGGUUAUCCUUCAGUUAGACAGCAACGAGCCAACAGGCAUUCACACCACUAUCGUAUCGCCCGCCUUUGAAGCUACACGUGCAUUGGAUAGUUUGAGAAAGGCAAAGUUACCACAGGAAAUUUCACCGGACAUUGUCGAAUGGCUCGAAUAUGAAUCACCCUACGAUGCUGUCAAGAAGGUGUUCAACAACAAGUCUGGAAACCGAAUCAUCGUGGAGGAAGAUGCUCGAUUAUUCAUUUACCAAGGCAUUGUUGACGGAUUGACUGGCAGUGAUGUGUACUUGGCACCCAGAUCCAUCAGAAUGUUACGCAUGGUGAAAUCAAAGGCUGAACUGGAUAUUAUGAGAUGCGCCAAUACGGCUACUGAGCUGGCUAUUCGCACUGUCCGCCCACACAUUAAGGUUGGCAUGACUGAAUUCGACAUUCAGAAUGUGAUGGAGAAAGCAUUGCGCAGAGCUGGAUUAACAAACACUUGGGUCCUUGCGCUUGUUGAUGAGAAUGCUGCUCUUCCUCACGGCUCCUCCAGCGAAAAGAAGGUUACUAAGCACAGCACUGUCUUGAUUGACACGGGAGGAGAAUUACUUGGCUAUCAGUCAGAUACUACCAGAACCUUUUUCAUGGGAAAACGAGGACACAAUGAAACCAUUGAGGAUGCCUGGUAUUUGGUCCGUCGUGCUCAAGAGAAUGUACUGAAUCAAACUGGGGCAGGCACAACGUGUGCUCAGGUAGAUUUGACUGCACGUCAUAUCAUUGAAAAGGGAGGAUUUGGAAAGUAUUUCACGCAUCGAUUGGGCCAUGGCAUUGGCCUUCGCAUGCACGACGAGCCUUACAUGCACCAGGGAAACACAGAGCAAUACUUGGAGCCGGGCAUGACAUUCAGUGUGGAACCAGGUAUCUACGUUACAAACGAAUUUGGUAUUCGUCUCGAAGAUAUCGUCGUGGUCAGAGAAGAUGGCAAAUUGGAGUUGCUAACUAGAGGUUUGGCUCAAAAUCCUUGGACCCUUUGA